AUGGCAGCUGCGGUGUUCCACAACACAUCUGUGAGGGGUUUUGGCCCUUUCCGGCGCUUCGUCCAUGUAACCGCAGCCGUCGGACAUGAUGAAGACGUUUCGCACAAAAUCCGCAUACUGAAUUGGAACAUCCUUGCCCCGUCUUGGGACAAUAACGAUGUGAAGCUUGGACGGGUGUCGGAUAGGAAGAAAGACAAGUCUGCGCAAUGGCCCUUUCGACUGCCAAAGCUCAUGCACGAGAUGCGCCUGCGCAAGCCCGAUGUCAUUGUCCUCCAAGAGGUGGAGGUCUAUCUUUGGGAGGAGCAGGUGAAGCCUUUCCUCAAAGCUCGAGGUUUUCAAGCUGCUUACGCUUGCUCCGAGUCUGGCAUGGGUGUUGCCAUCCUCUGGCGGCACACCCGCUUCGACAGGCGAAGGACUCUGGACAUUGACUUGGCGGACCCGAGCAACAGCCGCUGGCUGGCCGAGAGAAGGGCGGCCCUGAACAAGGACCAGGAGAGAAGGUUCUUCUCCAAGGGGCACCCUGGCUUGUUUGUCAUCCUUGGCGUCAAGUCGGGCAGAGAGGCGCCUGAAGACCAGCAUGCCUUGCUGGUUGGAGCCGCGUACAUUGUCGCAAACCCGAUGAGCUUACUCCCGAUGCGCCUGGACAUUCAAGCCGUGCAAACCAUGAUGCUGCUGGAUAGCAUGGAGCGCAUAUUGGAGCACGAGUCCCGCAACUAUGCGAGCUUGAGCGUAAUUGUCGCUGGAGACUUCAACGUGCCGCCUUUCUACCCGCAGAGCUCCUUUGACCUCUUGUCUCAGCACAUCAAUGACGAGAGCAACUUCCAGGAGCUGGCUGACAAAGUCUCGCAAGGCGUCGAACGUGGCACCUUCAAAACGUUUGUGGAUCCAGCUACGGACCAGCGGAUCCUCGCCAGUCCGGUGUACGAGCUCAUCACGAAGGGCGUGCUUGACCAAGACUCCAUUGGGUUUUUGAUAGCAGCAAUAAAAGCAGCUGGCUAUCAUCCAUCAAAAAUCCUCACAGGACCCAUGUCUGAAAUGUUGACAUCCAAGUGGUUGCGCUAUCCCAUGAUCAGCGCUUAUGCACAUGUUUUCGGGAUGGAGCCGAUGACCAAUUCCAUGGAGACGUUGGACUUCGUGUUCUUUUUGCCUGCGCAGCGGCGACCCGAUCAUGCGCGUGCUGCCCGGUUGACCGUCACAGGUGUCCUGGCAGCUCCGCCGCCGCAGUCCAGGCAAAGUCUCGUUGCUGGUUUGGGUUCUGAUCACAUCCCGCUGGUCGUGGACGUUGGACUUUGCACACCAUCUCCAAUCAUUAAGUAUCCGGAGGCUGAGCUUGAGCACACAUCGAACCGCAGUGCCGUGCACGUCGCUGACAUGCAAGCAUCAGCAGCCUGCGAGCCUUGCAGCAAUGAUGCCGUGCUCGAGAUGCUGACGAAUCUGGAACGCAGAUUGGAAAAGCUGGAUGCAAAUGCUUCCAAGCCAGCAGUUGGGGAGCUGAAGUGGGCAUUGGCUGCAUCGACCUUUAGCUCCAUCUUAUUUGCCACGUCGACAAUGUACCUUGCCCGAAUAGAUGCCCACUAA